AUGGCUACGAGUAAAGUGAAAAGAGACAUGUCUCUACCCCAGCUCCCGCCUCAAGCCCAGCGUGAGAAGAAUUCCAACUCCAACUCCAUAAUCCCUCGUGACCAGUUCACUAGAAAAAAAUUCAAGGAUCUUCACAACUUCAUCACCCAAGAAUUGAAAAAGAGAGGCACUAAAACGCCUCACGUUUUCCUCCCGUUUCGCCUGAGAGUGGACGAUCUGAAGCUUGAGGUCUUUCUUUCGACGAUUUUUCCCAAUGGGGAGAUGAUAGACACGCUGAAGGAGGCCCACACAAGACGAAUCUUAUGUGAGUUUGAUGAAUUCACGCUUAUUUGUGGACUCAAAUACCUUUGGUGCAGACUACCGAACCUGGAGAUAAUCGGAUGGGAGAACUAUUUGCAAUUCAGAAGACUAGAGAAAGAACACGAGUACCCAAAGGACGCGUUUCUUAGACUUAUGCCUAAAUGUGUGUCUACGAGAGCACAUGCUUCGAUAGUGUACGAUUUUCUUGAUCUUCUUGUCAGCAUCGCCUCAUACUCACAGUAUAACUAUUUGAGUGGGCGCAAAAUAUCGAAAAUGGCGUCAAUGUGGGCGUUCAACAGCACAACCAACUCGAAGCUGGCGUUCUAUGAUGCUACUGCUUUCAAGGAAAACUCAUUCGUGAGCGGGUUGGACUCGUGGAAACAGACAUGCACUGGUCUUUUCCAUCUUUUUCUAGCAUUCUUACGUGCCAUGGUGCCUGCUAAUGAGGAUCAACCGUUCAAGGGGCCAAAAUCGUUACAGUCAUUGCUCAGCACGAACUCAUACCCACCUCUGGAAAACCUGGACUCAGUCAAGUCUGUCAUUACUAUCCCAUGUGUUCAUGUCAGAUCGACUCGCCGCAGCUCCGAUCCUUAUGCUUUGAUUACAAAAAUCAGACAAAAUCUAAAAUUUGACAGGAAGGACGAAUUUGUUUCUGUUGAAAAUUACACUAUUCUCAAGAACAUUUUUUUGAAGGACUCGACGAACGAAAUCGUUUCUACUCUCACCGACGAAUCGCGAAGAAUUUUGACUAGAAUCAGCGAUAAUCCAAUUCCUUCGAAGUAUGACCUUUAUCCUGGAUGGACAAAGGAUGGUCCUCCACAGGAUCCCGAUGUACCACUAUACUCAGAAAUCUCAAUUACUAGUGUCACAUUGCAAGACUAUUAUAUCUGGACUUGGCUUUCCUCUUUGGCGUCCGAUCAAAGCAGCUAUGCUAAAAGCUUAUUUGGCAGAUCCAUUGUCGUGGAAGCCGGAUUAAGAGGGUUUCAAAAGUGGUUGAUAUUGACAGAAACAACUAUGGGCGUAGAGGAGUAUCUAUCGAAAGUCAAGAAGAAUACAGAUCGCCUCGAAAAGCCAAGUAAACUGUCGAAGAAUCUUCCAAUUCCUCCAGAUGAAUACGAUAGCCAUCCACUACCACAUGUGACCAAGGAGAGCCUACUUCCUGAUAUUUCUUUCAAGGAUGAACCCCUCGACCUAGACGACUACACGCGUCAGGAGCAGGGUAAACCGUAUCAGGGUGUUAUCAGCCAACCGAAAUCAAAUGCAGACUAUAGUCAGUAUAUGCGUGGACUUGAUGAUGGUGAUCACUUGGCCAACGACUUGAGAGAAAUCAACAUCAACAAGGUUCACAAUCGUCAGCGCCCUAAACCUCCUCCACUUGAUCUUCUGCGAUCUGAAGAACCAUUGCACGUCAACAAAGCUCACAAGAAAACAAACAAAGAGGUUCAUGUUGACUACGGUGAUGGUGCAAAGCGUGCAAAUGGAAAUUCGCAUAAUCACACUCCACAGAAUCUUUCUUAUCCUAAACAUGAUUAUUCCACGGAGGCUUUGCAGUACGUUGCCCAAACCCAAGAGUUUCAGGAGCCUUAUGACUCUUACCAAACCCCUUAUGAUAAGCCAGAAAAUCCUCUGGCGGUCGAACCUUUUGAUACCUAUCAUGUUCCAGCUUUAGAACCCCCCAAAAAACCAAAUGGGUUGUCAAGUCCGGCUAAAAAACACCUGGAACUUCCACCGCCUCCUGCUGGUGAACAAAUUUCAAAUGGUGAUCGUAAUACACCUUUUCAUCCGGAAAAACUGUCACACUUUGAUCCUCCGGCAGACCCAUAUCAAAUGCCGACAAGUCGCCUCAAUCAUACUCAUCAUCUGAAGCCUAAUGAUCUCCGCUACAACGCUGAGACGUAUCAACAAUAUCAAGCAGAACCAAUACAACAGUAUGGGGGCUACGAGGAUCCUAGAAUAUUACCGGCACCUAGUUCUGAUGCCAUUGGCGAAAAACCUAAGAAGAAGAAAAAGAAGAAGACUAAACAUAAAGAUGAGUUGGCUGGCAUUCCGGUUGAUCAGCUUCCUGAUGGUCCACCGCCUCCAUUACCAGCGGAUAUGAUGCAAAAUGAUUCUCAUUCCAAUGGACUUUCGAUGCCAUCAAAUGAAUAUUUGCCAUCCCUGCAAGAUAGGCAUCUACCACCAGUUGAAAGCCCAAAAAAAUCUAAGGCGCUGCCUAGGCACAUUCAACAUCCUCGGAUGACAGAUCAACAGCAGGACCAUCCUGUGAACGCUUUGGGCGCUGGAGAGUAUGUCUAUGAGCAUGUGCCUCUGAGCUCCACAAAAGCAAGUAGGUCGCCAAUACCUCAGCAAGGCAAUGAAUUCAUUAGAACCGAAAAUCAUUCGCAGGAUGUUAUGCAUGGUCGAUCACAUAUUGAGUAUUCUGGGAGCCCUUCGAAGCCAGGCGCCCAUUCAUACUUGAUGCCCAAACAUAUGUCACCCUCAAGAUCUCAUCAGGCUCUUAGCGCUGAUGACGUUCACGAUUCUCGCAAGAUGCAGCCCAAUCCAUCGCCAACCUACUCAAAUGGCAGCUACAGUACAGCUCACCAGGCGCCAUCCGAUUCUUACCCAUCGCAUUCACAGCAUCCAGCGCUAUAUCCUCAAAGAAUGAGCCCGCAGCUUAACGCUGGCGCUGAUGCUGGUCAUCUUCCACCUCCCACUUAUUAUGACCAGCAGCCCUCUCCUUCAAGAAGAGGACCAUCACCUUCAUCUGCUCAUGGCGCUCCAUCCCAAGUGCGGCCCUCUGGUCCUAGCCAGCAACAUGGUCAAAUGAUACCUCCAAUGGCACAUUCGGCAUCUAGCUCACUUCCUCAGCAUUCGCAAAUGAUGUCACCUCCUCAUAGCUACUCAUCUCCUCAAAGUCAGCAAAUGGUUCCCCAACAAAUGCCUCCAAGAAUGCCAACUCAGCCGCAACUUUCACAGCAGCAGAUACCUCCACAGAUGCCGAUGAUGCCACAGCAGCAAAUGAUGCCACAGCAGCAAAUGAUGCCACAGCAGCAAAUGAUGCCUCCUGGGCAACCUUACUAUUAUCCUCCUCCUCCUCCUCAGGGUUAUUAUCCUCCCCCACAAGGUUACGGAUAUCCUCCACAGCCGAUGUAUUAUCCACCGCCCCCACAAGGAUACUAUGGACAUCACCAAAAGCCGAAACCAAAAUCCACUACUAGUGAGCUAACCAUGAUGGGUAUGCCAACAGUAGGAGUGAAGCACAGCAAGAACAGUAAACCACAGAAGGCGAAUUUGAGGGCUGCUUUGAACAAGGGCGAGUUCGGGAUCUAA